AUGGCUUGGCUUAGUUGGUUAACUUCUUCGUCGUCAGGCGAGAUCUUCUUCAUUCAGUCGCCCGGACUGCAUACCCCGUCUAGAUGGCCUGGGUUCAUGGACAGACUGCACAAGGUUGCCAUCUCGGCCGAGUUUCAGUUCUUUAAGUUUAGCGGCCAGAAGCUAUUCGGAACCCAGCUUGGCUCCCGGGACGUUCCCACGGUAUCGGUUAGCCGCAGGGAGUUUUACGAGCUACUCCUCAACUAUGCAACCGAAAUUGGCAUUCCAAUUGAUAGGGGUCAAGAGGUUGAGGAGUUCUUUGAAACAGAGGACCUUGGUGGCGUCAUUCUUUCUGACGGAUGCAAGCUCACCGCAGACAUUGUCGUGGCAGCAGAUGGUGUAGGCUCCAAGUCAUGGAGUCUUGUGACUGGAACGAAGGAGAAGCCAAUCAGUUCUGGCUAUGCUCUGUACAGGACCAGUUAUCCCGCAGAAAAGGCACUGGAAAGCCCUGCUCUUGCAGAAUUCUUCAAAGACAAGAGAGAGUGGACCUCUCUGCACAUUGGUCCCGGGGCUCACUUUUUCAUCGGGUUGUCGCCCACUGAAUUCAGUUGGGGCUUGACGCAUCGUGACGAGGAUUCUGCUGUCGAGGAUUGGAACCGUGUCGUGGAUUCCGGAGGAGCGCUUCGAUAUGUCCAGGACUGGGCACCUAUCGUCCACGAGGUCAUCAAAUCCACUCCCAACAAUGAGGCCACUGACUGGAAGUUGCGCUUUCGGGACCCCCAGCCAAAGUGGGUCUCUGACGAGGGUCGAGUGGUGCAAUGCGGUGAUUCAGCACACUCUUUCCUGCCCUCAUCCGGCUUUGGUGCCACAACCGCCCUUGAGGAUGCCUUCUCUCUUGCAGCCUGCCUAAAGAUGGGCGGCAAGGAGUCAGCUAACAUCGCCACCAAGGUUCACAACCACCUCCGCUUUGAGAGAACAGCCUGUGCUCAAAAGAUAGGCUUCAAAUCGAGGGAGGCUUUCCAUCGCACCAACUGGAAUGAGGCGGCCAAGAAUCCCCGAAGCAUUGCCAAAUUCACAGGGGCAUGGUUGUUGAAGCAUGAUCCCGAGGUCUAUGCUUACGAAAACUACGAGGCUUGCGCAGCCCAUCUGCUUCAUGGAAAGGACUUCAAGAACUCGAACACGGUUCCCGGCUUUCCGUUCAAGCUUUGGACAGUUCAGGAGCUGUUGGAAAAGGCUGACAAAGGGGAGUCAAUUGAUGAUGAUAAGGGUGACUGGUACUCCUUCAUGUAG